CUAUACCUUGGUCACCUGCGGCAAAAUGAAAGUGUAGGCUACCACUCUCUGGUCUAUAUCGCUAGCCUACAACAAAACUGAUGUUGCUGUUGAUAUUUGAACAUGGCGGGGGGUUCAGUAUCGGUAUGCACGGAGUGUUUGUUUAAGGUUUUGGUGAUUGGAGAGAGGGGUGUUGGAAAAACGAGCUUUAUAACGCGGUACGUUAACAUGCGGUUCAAGGAGGAGUACAAGGCAUCGAUUGGAGUUGACUUUGCGUUGAAAACGAUCGAAUGGGACAAUAAAACAGUGGUGAGACUUCAGCUUUGGGACAUUGCAGGUCAGGAGAGGAUUAGGAACAUGUCCAGAGUAUACUACAAGGAGGCCAUGGGGGCGUUUGUGGUCUUUGACACAACCAAGAUGGAGACAUUAGAGGCUGCCUCACAGUGGAAGCAUGACCUAGAUAGCAAAGUGAGACUGGUCAGUGGAAGCCCUGUCCCUCCUGUCCUGUUAGCCAACAAGUGUGACCAGACAGAGGGAAACAAGGAGCUGUCUGCCCUCAUGGACAACUACUGUAAAGAGAAAGGCUUCCUGGGUUGGUUUGAGACGUCAGCAAAGGACAAUGUCAAUGUUGACGAGGCAGGAGCCUUCCUAAUGGAGAACAUGCUGCGGAUUGACAGAGGGCUGUCCAGCAGAGACAACGAAAAUGACAGGAUCAACAUGAGCCAGUCCAAGGCAACAUUUAAAUGCUGCUAGUACCACCAUGGAGAUGCGAUGGACUCAGGGGACAGAGGGAUAGAGGGACUUUAACAGGGAGGCUUAAAGCUGGGUAAACUCAUAAAUAUGUCAUUUCAACCAGCAUUGCCCACUGGAUUAGGUGUCAGGCAUGUCCGUUUAUAUCAUUCUAAUUUCACACCCUCACAUAUGAUUUCAGCACAUUCCAUCAUCAGUACAUGGGUAUGUGGCAGUAGGCUACAUGGGCUGUAUGUGUGGGGUUUGUAAGAAACAUCUCUAUGGAGAUGAUUGAGCCUCAAUCUUCUGGUAAUCCACUGAUCCAAUCAGCAGGCCAAUAAACCGACCAGCGGGAACA